AUGAUCAUCCCGGGCUCCACAUUAUACGUCACUGCGCUAUGGCUGAUCAAGUCUAGCAUGGUGAUCUUCUACAAGCGCCUUGCAGAUCGCACCCGGUACCAGAUGGUGUAUAACAUCACACUUGGUUUCCUGGCUGCGACCUGGCUAGUGCUGUUUUUUGAUAUUGUCUUCAAGUGCUACCCGCCCCGGCGGCAGUGGGAUGGGCUCACAAACCCUGAGUUGGCAUGCCCCCAAGGACCGUCCACAAUCAAUUACUGGCUCACUAUACUCUUCAACAUCUUCAGUGAUGUCUUCAUCAUUUGCCUCCCCAUUGCGCAGGUUGCACGACUCAAGAUGCCCAAGAAACAAAAGUGGGGUGUCAUCUCAGUCUUCCUUCUGGGUGGUCUUGUGGUCAUCACCAGCAUCAUCCGGGCAAUCUACUCCCACCGCAACGAACAAAUGAUCACCUGCACCGUCUCCAUGGUGGAGACCGCCAUCGCCAUCAUCGCUUCUUGUCUCCCCGUUCUCCGCACCCUGGUAUUCGGCUCGCACUCUCGCACGGGAACAUAUAGCGGCCGCCGCGGCUACGAGCUCUCGCACUCUGGCGUGCAUACGGGUACCAAGUCCAGCAAGCAACUCACCACCGUCUCCGUCUCACGAAGUCAGGUCGACCGUGGCGCAGAUGACGUUUCGUUCAAUGACUCCGAGGAUGGAUUGGUGAAGGAUACCGCACCGGUUACCAAACCAGGGAUUGCCGUCAGGACUGAGUAUUUCGUGCACGAUGAUCGUGCAUAA